AUGUCCUCUUCCAAUCCCACUUCAACUUCCAUUUCCACAUCAAUCCCAUUCAAUCACAAUGGUCGUCUCCUCACCUUGAUUCCAGGUAAACCACUUCUAUACUACGCCCUGAACAAAUCCCGCUCUCCUGGACCAUUCCGACCUGGACCCCCAGGCGAAGACGAAGGAGAUCUAGAUCCAAAUGCCGAGUCUCACGUAAUUUUCCGUUCUUCGUCGGGCUUCUCUGAGGAUCGUCACGGCCGAGACCAAGAAGGACAAGAAGAAGAACCAGAUUGGCUAGAUCCCCCUGAAGGCUUUGAUCUUAAUGGUUACAUCAACGAAGAUGGACAAGGGCAUGGAAGGAUCGAUUUCGGUUGGGCUUUAGAUGGCAUACCCACUUACAAUCCUAACACUGGGAACGACAAUAAUCUAUCGGACGAUUCCUUGAAGCUGGUCCAUGAGGUAAUUCAGGUCAACCAGGGGCUGGGGAUAAACAAUUUCGGAACGAGCUUGCUGUGGGUGGGGUUGUCCAAUAAAUUGCCAACAAUUUCACACGAGCAUCAUACCGUUGGGUAUAACCCAUUUCUGUCGAGCGCACAUUCACCAGUCGUAAUGCAGGAGGGAGCGAGAUAUCUUGGAACGUGUAUACCACCACAAUCACAGGGGAGCAUAGGUGGUAUCAGUACAUCGACAAAUAACGGUACGAGCUCAUCGAGUGAAGGCACCACCGGGUUUGAAGGAAUAGUAGAAGAGGCAACAGCCAACAGGCCAUGA